AUGGAAACUCAAACCACCAAUUUCAACAGUUUCCUCGCAAACCCAUCUAAGAACCUUCAGUUUCCGAGAGAUAAGAGUCAAUGCUGUCCUCAUUCCUUCUUUGGUUCUACAAAAAAACUCCUUUUACGAACCCAACUCAUCUGGCUUUUCCAGCUUCUGAUCUGCACAGCCCAAUGGGAUGGAGUAAUGGUCACCCAAUCCGACUAUCAGUCCCUCCAAGCCUUCAAGCGUGAACUGAUAGACACUGAAGGAUUCCUCAAAAGCUGGAACGACUCCGGCGAGGGCGCCUGCUCCGGCGGAUGGAUUGGGGUCAAGUGUGCCCAAGGCCAAGUCAUAGUGAUCCAGCUUCCAUGGAAGGGUCUUGGAGGUAAAAUCAGUGAAAGCAUUGGGCAGUUUCAAGCUCUCCGAAAACUUAGCCUCCAUGACAAUCUCCUCCAAGGCCCAAUCCCUCUAUCUCUGGGCUUCCUCCGAAAUCUCAGAGGAAUUCAGCUUUUUAACAACAAACUUUCUGGCUCGAUCCCUCAUUCACUUGGGUCGUGUCCUCUUCUUCAGACGCUGGACUUUAGUAACAACUCGCUCACCGGAGAAAUCCCGGGUGGGAUUUUUGGUUCUGCCAAUCUUUCUGGGCUCAAUCUUAGCUUUAAUUCACUUUUUGGCUCAAUUCCGAGUGAAAUAGGGAGGCUUUAUAAACUCACAACUCUCGAUCUUUCUAAUGCUGGUAUUAAUGGAAGUUUACCUGUUAGUCUCUCAAAUUUAAGCUCACUUUCAGUUCUUAACUUGCAAGGAAACAGACUCUCCGGCCAAAUUCCGGCGACUUUUGGAAGAAUUUCAUCACUUACCGAACUUGAUUUGGCCUAUAACAAUCUUAGUGGAGAAAUACCCAGUUCUUUAGGUGAUUUACCAAAACUAGCUUACUUCAAUGCAUCAUAUAAUAAUUUUUCAGGUUCUGUUCCUACCCACCUCUACCAAAAGUUCAAUUCAAGCUCUUUUGUGGGAAAUCUCCACUUAUGUGGGUAUACUGCUUCAACCCCUUGUCCGCCUCCAGCAUCUCCUGCUCAUAUCCCCGGACGCUCUGCUGAAACAAAUCGAACUCAUCACCGGAGGCAUGAUUCCAGAAACAUUAUUUUCAUAGGUUUUGGGAUUUUCAUUGUUGUCGUCCUUUGUUUCCUUGUACUUUGUUACCUGACGAGGAAAACAGCCGUGUCCAAGGUUAAGGACAGCCAGCCUGGCGGAAAGGCCGGUCGGGCAAGGCCUGAAAAGGGUGGAGAAGGUGGUGGAGAGACAGGAGGAAAGCUCGUCCGGUUUGAAGGACCAGUGGCUUUAACUGAAGAGGGGCUUUUCUCAGCAAUGGCAGAAGCUUUGGGGAAAAGCACUUAUGGGACAGCUUACAAGGCCACAAUGGAGGACGGGAAGCAACUUGCGGUGAAGAGGUUGAGAGCAAAGCUUACUAAAAGCCGGAAGGAAUUGGAAGCUGAGGUCAAACUUCUCGGCAAGAUCAGACAUCCCAAUCUCUUAGCUCUUAGGGCUUAUUACUUUGGUCCAAGGGGAGAUAAGCUUCUUGUGGUGAAGAUAGUGCGGGGCACUGCACAAGGCUUGCUCUAUCUUCAUGCCCAUGUGAAGAUAGUUCACGGGAACCUCACAUCAAGCAAUGUCCUCCUCGAUGAACAGAUGAAUCCCAAAGUUUCGGAUUAUGCCCUUUCGAGGCUCAUGGUGGGGGAAGCGAAUGCUAAUGCAAUCUUGGCCGCAGAAGCCCUUGGGUACUGGGCACCUGAGCUCUCCAGGCUCGAGAACGCAAACAUGAAGACUGAUGUGUACAGUCUCGGUGUGAUUGUUCUAGAACUUGUGACAGGGAAGUCCCCCACUGAGGCGAGGAACAAUGGGAUGGAUCUGCCUCGGUGGGUUGCCUCUGCAAUGGAGGAGAGGAAGGUAAACGAAGUGUUUGAUCCGAAACUGAGGAAGCAUACUUCUGUCGUUCAAAAUGAGUUGAUUGAGACUCUGAAACUGGCUUUGCAUUGUGUCAAUCUCUUACCAUCUGCAAGGCCGGAAGUAGAGCAGGUCCUCCAGCGAGUAGAAGAGAUUAGACCCGAAAAUGGGGCCACAAAGGUCUGGCAAUAA